ACAAAACAUGGGGCCAUGGGGGCGGUUGAUGGAAACGUAACCAAGUUGAGGAAAAAGAUAUGAACCAAAAAUAUCUGAAGUCGGUACUUUUCCCUGAAGAUUUCCUUCCUAAAGAAGAUAUUAACAAUAUAAAAAUCUAACAAAUAUCUCACAACAGUUGUUCCUUACCCACCAUAUUCCUUCACCAAAUUUUAUGGCAGAAGAAGUCAGAAUCACCGCCGGUGCUGAGGAUGACGACGAACGAGUUUUCCAAUGGGAGGACGGACUGCCAACCGGAGACGAUUUGACGCCGUUAACGCAGUCGUUAAUCUCGUCGGAGUUGUUAUCGGCGUUUAACAUCACGCCGGAACCAUACCGAAGUAUCAUUGACGUCAAUCGCGCUUCUCAGAACACGUUUGCUAAUCUGCAACCGUCGGUGAACAGAUUCAACGCUACGACGUCCUUUAAAGGAGUUGAGAAUCGUCAAAUGGAUCUAGAAACCGCCGAUCUGACUCACGGCGGCUCCGGUUACCGGAAAAUUCAGAGAAUCGGUGGUUCCGGUGACGGUUACGGCGGAGGAGCGGUGGAGGAAACCAAAUUAGAUUUGCAAACCGCCGGUUCCGAUUAUCGGAAAUUGCAGAGAUUUGGUAGCGGCGGCGUAGGAGCGGUGGAGGAAACGGAAAUAGAGACGGAGACGGAAACCGGUGAUCAGUCAGCUAGGGUUUCAAAACGACAGCGUUUAGUGUGGACACCACAACUACACAAACGGUUUAUUGAAGUUGUUGCGCAUUUAGGUGUGAAGAAUGCGGUACCGAAAACAAUUAUGCAAUUGAUGAAUGUUGAAGGAUUGACUCGUGAGAAUGUGGCUAGUCAUCUUCAGAAGUACAGGUUGUAUUUGAAGAGGAUGCAAGGUGGUCCUUCGGGUUCGGAUCCUGCUCACGAAUCUGGUGGUAGCCGGAAUGGAUAUCAUCCGAUGGUUCACCAGAUGCCGAAUUCGUAUGCGUAUAAUGUGCAGCAGGGGAAUUGGUCUGGGAAUGGUUUUGAUUUUGGUUAUCAGCAUGGUAUGACUCCUAACAAAAAGUAGCAAUUGUUUAGCUUAGGUUCUAGAUUUUUUUUAUAUACACUUCAAUAGUUGAAUGCAUAUUGAAUCAAUCUAUUGUUUUCUACACUGAUUGUUAAUGUUAAAGGGUACUACAACAACAACAACCGUACCCACUGAAUUAUGGUUUUAGAUUAAAAGAAUGGAGUAAGAAUGAAGAUCAUGAACUAGUGAUCACUUCAAUUGGGACACCUUCAUUGUUGUUCUGUAGUGGUUUUUAAACACAGAAUUUAUGGAUACUCUUAUAACUUUUUCUUACUUUAUGAUCCAUUUGUUUUA